AUGGAACGAAUCUAUGAUGCUAAGAGAUGUCCUGCAGAGAACAUGCUGGCAUACACUGAGUACCUUCUUGCUGGAGAGGCCGUGCAUUGGUGGUCCAGCAUGAAGAUGAUGUUGGAGGACAGCCAUGAGACCAUCACCUGGGAACUGUUUAAGAAGAAGUUCUAUGCUGAGUUCUUCCCAGAUAGUGUGAGGUAUGCGAAGGAGGUUGAGUUCUUGCAGCUGAUGCAAGGAGACAUGUCAGUGUCUGAGUACGCUGAAAAGUUUAAACACUUGGGCAGAUUUCACACCCUGAAGAUGGCGGAGGACUGGCAGUGUAGAAAAUUUGAGAAUGAGUUGAGGGGUGACCUCAAGCUCAUGGUGGCUCCGCUCUCUAUCAAGGAGUUCCCUGCCUUGGUAGAGAAGCCAAGAGUGAUGGAGAAACUCAAGGCUGAAGUUGAAGCUCAGCAGAGGUCUCAGCUGAAGGUGGGAGGACCAUCUGGGUCCACGAGCAAACACGACGACAGGAGGAAACCAUACUCUAGGCCUCAGCCCCAGGGGCCCAGGAGGUUCUCACAUCAGCCCCAGCAGUAUCAGCCUUCUAGGCCGCAGUGCUUUCACUGUAGGGGGCCCCAUUUGAGGAGCGCCUGCCCCCAGCUUUCUGACAGGAGGACCUGCCAUAGAUGCGGCCAGACAAGUCACUUCAUCAAGGAUUGCCCAGUUGACAGGAACACAGUGUCGUGGCCUUCAUCACAGCCUCAGUCACAGCCGUCGAGAGGAGGUGCGAGACCACAGGCGGCGGGUCGAGUGUAUGCCGUGACGGGUGCAGAGGCAGCGGGAUCAGGUAACCUCAUCAUCGGGUCUUGUGUGAUAACUGGUAGGAGCUUGCAUGUUCUGUUCGAUUCGGGGGCGACACAUUCUUUUGUAUCGGAGUCUAGAGUGGUGGAGUUAGGUCUUCUGGUGAAGGAGCUCCAGUAUGACCUGGUGGUGUCCACACCUGCUUCUGGGUUGGUCAGAACCUCGACCAUGUGUGCUAGGUGUAAGAUCGAGGUUGAGGGUCGCAAGUACAGGGUGAACCUCAUCUGUUUACCCUUGGCGGGGUUGGAUGUCAUUUUGGGGAUGGAUUGGCUAUCCGCCAAUCACAUUCUCAUUGACUGUAACGAGAAGAAAGUGUUGUUUCCUAGCUUGGAAGAUGAAGACUUGUUGGUGUCCUCACAGCAGGUGGACAAGGCAAUGAAGGAAGGGUCUCAAUGCUUCCUGAUUCUGACUCAAUUGUCCGUUGAGACUGAGACUGGACCCUUGGAGACGCCUGUAGUGGGGGAUUUCUCAGAUGUGUUUCCUGAGGAUGUACCUGGACUACCCCCUACUAGGGAUAUAGAGUUCUUCAUUGACCUGGUGCCAGGAGCAGGACCCGUGUCUAUAGCACCCUACAGAAUGGCUCCUGCUGAGCUGGUGGAGUUGAAGAAGCAGAUUGAAGAGCUACUAGAAAAACAGUUUAUCAGGCCGAGUGUAUCGCCUUGA